AUGGAAAGCUUCGCGAUCCAGCCAGGUUUGCAAGCACCGGGGAGGCCAGUGCCCGGGUCGUCCCGGCAGCGAAUCGCCGCUCGCGGUGUCGCUUGCCCGCCUUGCAGCGCACUCGCCGCAAGCAACUCACGGAGUCUGGGCCUGGUGGUGGGCUUUGCUGGUUUGCAGGGCCUGCGGCUCGUGGCCAAAAGGAGGGCAUCUCGCCUGGCAUGGCGACGGCGUGGGCACGGGCGUCUGGCUGGUUUCCAGCUGCAGGCUGCAGCUACGGAGUCCGAGGCAGACGUCGUGGUUAUUGGGAGUGGGUUGGCUGGACUCACGUGCGCCGGUGUGUUAGCGGCUGCCGGCAAGUCUGUCACAGUCUUGGAGUCGCACUACGUCCCUGGUGGUGCCGCCCACACCUUCCGUGCGCGUGCCAAGGGAAUCAAAGGCGACUUCUGCUUCGACUCGGGGCCCUCCCUCUACGGAGGCCUCAGCGGCGAGAGAACUUCCUCGCCUUUGAAGCAUGUCUACCAGAUUCUCGGCGAGGAGCCGGAGUGGAUUACUUACGACAGGUGGAAUGCUUUCAUCCCAGAGGGUGAGGCAAAUGCAGCUAUCGGCUACGAGGAGUUCGUGAGCAAGUUGCUACCUAGAUUUGGAGGCCCAGAUGCUCCUCAGCAGUGGGAGAGGCUCAUGAAUCGGAUUAUUCCCAUGGCGGAUGCCAUCUGCAAUGGGCCUCCGCCCUCCUUUGUGAGGGAAGAUCUCGGCGUUGCAGCCACUCUGGCGCGAUAUCUUACCAAGCUGAAGUCGAUACCAGGGGGUCCGCAGAAGCUGUCGGAGCCCUUCAGCCAGUUCUUGGAGGAUGCCAAGGUGACAGAUCCCUUCAUCAAGAACUGGAUGGACAUGUUUGCCUUCCUGCUUCAGGGCUUGCCAUCCUAUGGAGCGCCUACCAGCAUGAUGGCUUACAUGAUGGGAGACAUGUACAAGAAGAACACCUGCUUGGAUUUCCCGAAGGGAGGCAACGAAGCCCUUGUUGGCGCUUUAGUUCGAGGUGUGGAGAAGCACGGAGGCCAGGUUCUCUUGAAAGCCCACGUGGAAGAAGUCCUGGUAGAGGAUGGGAGGGCUGCCGGUGUCCGCUUGAAAGAUGGCCGCGUCAUCCGAGCACCGACCGUCGUCAGCAAUGCAGACUGGCAGGUCACCAAGUCCUUGAUCAAGGACGGUUCGGCACCAGAGCUGGAAGACUAUUUGAAGACCACCUGGAAGGAGUACAAGCUCUUGAAAUCCUUCAUCCACUUGCACCUCGGCUUUCGAGGCGAUGGCCUUCCCUCAGGUCACUGCGAAGAGUUCCCAGCACAAUGGGGAGUGUUCAACAGCUGGUCAGACUUGGAAGCACCCCGCAACGCCGUGCUGGUCAGCUGCCCUUCCAUGUUGGAUCCAGAGUUGGCUCCUCCAGGGCAUCAUGUGGUGCAUGCCUACACUCCAGCGACGGAGCCUUGGGAAGACUGGGCCGACCUGGACGAGGGCAGCAGCGAAUACAAGAAGAAGAAGCAGGAAGCUCGCGAUUUCCUGUAUUCUGCCGUAGCGAAGCAAGUACCUGACCUCGAGGACCGUGUGGUCCUGGAGCUCGUGGGUACCCCACGCACCCAUCGAAGAUUCUUGCGAAAGCCGUCUGGUACGUACGGACUCCGAGUUCAAGCGCCGGAAAUGCUGCCCGGCCACAAGACUCCGCUGGAAGGAUUUCACAUGUGUGGAGACAGCACGGCACCUGGCAUUGGCGUGCCGGCGGUUGUUAUGAGCGGGCACAUCUGUGCCAAUAACAUCAUGUCUGUGCCCGAACACUGGCAAAUUCUCGAUAAGAUCAAGGAUUGGACCACGGAGCUGGAAAUCUGA